AGUUUUAGUUGAGCGAACUGACAGGCCGGCGAGGAAUUUUUCACUUACCUCAGAGUGAGGGGUUGAGCGGCCGCACUGAGUGCUUUCAGUCAGUCAGCCAGCCAGCCUGAGGCUGUGGGGGAGGAGGGGUUGAGAGGGUUGUAACAGGACGGUCUCUAUGGGAGAGCGGGAUUGAAGUGACAGGCUCUGUCUGCCAGGAUGGACGUGGAGGAAGAGCACAUGACGACGCUGCUGUGCAUGGGCUUCUCGGAGCCCGCCGCCAUCCGCAAGGCGCUCCGCAUGGCCAAGAACGACAUCAACGAGGCCGUGGCCCUCCUUACCAACGAGAGCCCUGGUCUCGGCUACGAGCCCAUGGAGAGUGGCGAUCGCCAGGUCGGAGGAGGGGGAGGCGGCGGCGGCGGCGGUGGUGGUGGAGGAGGGGGAGGAGGUAGCACCGGCUCCCGCGGUGUGGGUGGAGGGGAUUACAACCGGAGUGGAUUCGACCCUCCACCCGCCUACGACGAGGUGGUAGAGGUGGAGAGGAGCAAUGAUGAGAAUGGAAACUGCUCAGGAAGCAUUGAAUUUCCCACCACAAAUCUUUAUGAAUUGGAAAGUCGAGUGUUUACAGAUCACUGGUCCAUCCCUUAUAAACGUGAAGAAUCAUUGGGCAAGUGCCUGAUCGCAUCCACAUACCUGGCACGGCUUGGUCUUGCAGAUGCUGAUGAAAAUUGCAAAAGGUUUACAGAUCGAUGUAUGCCAGAAGCAUUUAAAAAGUUAUUAACAUCGAGUGCUGUCCACAAAUGGGGUGCAGAAAUCCAUGAAGGAAUAUACAAUAUGGUGAUGCUUUUAGUAGAUCUGGUUGCAGAGCGAGUCAAACAGGACCCAAUUCCCAUUGGUCUUAUGGGAGUGCUCACCAUGGCUUUCAAUCCAGGGACCGAGUACCAUUUCAAGAACCGAAUGAAAGUAUGCCAAAGGAAUUGGGCAGAUGUUUUUGGGGAUGGCAAAAUGUAUGCCAUUUCACCACCAGUCAAUCUACAAAAGGAACCUUAUGGAUGGCUCAUAGAUUUGGUUAAUCGGUUUGGAGAGAUGGGUGGGUUUUCAGCAAUCCAGCUGAAGCUUGGUGCAGAAGAUAUAGAAACCGCAGCAGUGUCUGCAUUGGUACAGCCUCUGGGUGUAUGUGCCGAAAAUCUAAAUCCUGCCGUAGUACAGCCAAUGCUGGAUCCAGUCAUUGACAAAAUGAUUCGAUAUGUGCAAAGUUUAGAAGAAAAAGAUCUGAAAGACAAGAAACUGGUGAACAUUCCAGAGCUUCUAUCUGCCAUCAAAUUAUUAUGCAUGCGAUUUCAACCAGAGCUGGUGAUGGUGGUAGAUGACCUCCGCUUGGAUAUCCUCCUACGUAUGCUGAAAACUCCCCACUUCAGUGCAAAAAUGAAUUCAUUGAAAGAGGUUACUAAGCUGAUUGAAGACAGUACCUUAUCAAAAUCUGUGAAAAAUGCAAUUGAUACAGAUCGGUUAUUGGACUGGCUGGUAGAAAAUUCGGUAUUGUCAAUAGCACUUGAAGGAAAUAUUGAUCAAGCACAGUAUUGUGAUAGAAUAAAGGGAAUUAUCGAGCUGCUGGGCAGUAAACUCUCCAUGGAUGAGCUUACCAAGAUUUGGCGCAUUCAGUCAGGGCAAUCCUCAACCGUCAUUGAAAAUAUUCACACUAUUAUUGCUGCUGCUGCUGCCAAAUUCAACUAUGAUCAACUGAACCAUCUCUUCAUUCUGAUACAGAAGAGUUGGGAGAUUGAGAGUGACCGAAUCCGACAAAAACUGCUCAGUCUUAUAGGAAAAAUUGGCCGAGAAGCUCGUUCUGAGAACACCACAGGCAAGGUGCUGGAGGUGCUUUGGGAGCUUGCUCAUUUACCAGCACUACCCACAAACUUAGUCCAGCAGGCACUGGAAGAACAUCUUACCAUACUUAGUGAAGCUUAUGCAGUAAAGGAGCAAAUCAAGCGAAGUUAUAUCAUCAAAUGUAUCGAGGAUAUUAAGAAGUCCUCUCAGCAAAAUAACCAACAUCCAGUAUGGGUGGUUCCAGCUUUACGCCAGCUUCAUGAGAUUACCAGGUCCUUCAUUAAACAAAGCUGUCAGAAGCAAGACAAGAGCAUUGUCCAGGAUUUGAAGAAAAACUUUGAAAUAGUGAAACUGGUUACAAGUAGCCUUGUAGCUUGUCAUCGACUGGCUGUUUCUGCAGCUGGUGUAGGAGGGCUAACAGGGUCGACAGUCGUUGAUGGCAGAUAUACACAUCAAGAUUACCUCGAAGCACAUUUGAGAUUUCUUGCAUUUUUUCUUCAAGAAGCCAGCCUUUACAUAGGCUGGAACCGUGCCAAGGAGAUUUGGGAGUGCCUGGUGACUGGAAUAGACAUUUGUGAACUGGAUCGAGAGAUGUGUUUUGAAUGGUUUACCAAAGGACAUGGAGACUUGGAGAGUGAUAUACAGCAACAGCUCUUUAAAGAGAAAAUCCUCAAACUGGAACCUUAUGAGAUCACCAUGAAUGGGUUCAAUCUCUUCAAAACGUUUUUUGAGAUUGUAAACCUUGCUGAUCAUCGAUUGAAGAAGCAAGGUGCUCAGUUGCAUGUUGAAAAACUGGAACUAACAGGAAUGGACUUCAUCUGGAGAAUUGCCAUGGAGUCACCAGAUGAAGAAAUUGCCCAUGAAGCAAUUCAUCUGAUUAUUAACUACAGCUACAUCAGCCUCAAUCCUCGUUUAAAAAAGGACUCUGUUUCCCUUCAUAAGAAAUUCAUAGCAGAUUGCUACAAACGUUUAGAAGUUGCUAGUUCGGCACUAGGUGGCCCUACUUUGACACAUGCUGUUACAAGAGCAACUAAAAUGCUGACGGCUACAGCCAUGCCUACUGUAGCUACAUCAGUGCAGUCUCCAUCCAGGUCCAGUAAACUUAUCAUAAUUGAACGGCUGCUGUUGCUUGCAGAAAGAUAUGUGAUCACAAUAGAGGAUCUGUAUUCUGUUCCUCGGACGAUCUUGCCUCAUGGCGCCUCUUUCCUUGGACAUCCUGUAACUAUCUCAGUCAUCUGCGAAUCCACAAAAGAAACAUUUAGUAUAGAGGCUCACAGCAAUGAGACUAUUGGGAGUGUCAGGUGGAAGAUAGUAUCGCAUAUCAACUGUCCAUUGGAUAACUUGCAGAUAUUUGCUAAUGAUAGCUUGCUGACUAUGAACAAAGAUCAAAAAUUGCUUCACCAACUGGGAUUUUCAGAUGAGCAAGUGUUAACUAUAAAGACACCUGUGAUGGGUACAGCAUCGGGGAGUUCAGUUGAUUCAUCUGCCAGUAGUGGUGUCUUCAACUCUGCUUAUGCUAUGGAACAGGAGAAGUCACUGCCUGGUGUUGUGAUGGCAUUGGUGUGUAAUGUGUUUGAUAUGCUUUACCAACUAGCCAACCUUGAAGAGCCAAGGAUAACCGUGCGUGUUAGGAAGUUGCUGUUAUUGGUUCCUACUGAUCCAGCAAUUCAAGAAGCUCUGGAUACACUUGAUGCUUUAGGCAGAAAACAGAAAACAUUACUGACUGAUUCAAGUCAUCAAACAUCAAAGUCACCCUCGCUUUCAUCGAAGCAACAACAUCAGCCCAGUGCAAACACUAUUCUGGAGAGUCUGUUUAGAUCAUCGGCACCAGGGAUGUCCACCUUCAGAGUACUGUAUAACUUAGAGGUUCUUAGUUCCAAGCUGAUGCCUACUUCAGAUGAUGAAAUGGCAAGAAAUUGUGCUAAAUCUUUCUGUGAAAACUUCCUCAAAGCAGGAGGUUUAAGUUUGGUGGUGAACGUUAUGCAGAGAGAUUCCAUUCCAUCUGAGGUGGACUAUGAGACAAGGCAAGGAGUUUAUUCAAUCUGCCUGCAGCUUGCAAGGUUUCUGUUGGUAGGCCAAAUGAUGCCUUCUACUUUAGAUGAUGAUUUCCUGAAGGAUGGAAUGGAAGCAUUGUCUUCUCGCCCGUUUCGCAAUGUUAGUCGACAGAGUAGUAGACAAUUAUCGAUGUGUGGUAGUCAAGAAAAGUCCACAAUGCGGCAGAUGAGUGUGACAUCAGAUCGGUCAUCUAUCAGAAUUGAGGAGAUAAUACCUGCUGCCAGAGUGGCAAUACAAACAAUGGAUGUGAAUGAUUUCACCUCAACAGUGGCCUGCUUCAUGAGGCUGACAUGGGCCGCAGCUGCUGGACGUCUUGACCUGGUGGGGAGCUGUCAGCCAAUUAGAGAGAGUACCAAUUCUCUGUUUUCUGUUGGUAUCCGAAAUAGGCUCAGCAGUUCAGGCAGCACUUGCAGUUCAGGAAGUGAAGGUGAAUCAACCACACUGCAUGCAGGCAUAUGUGUGAAGCAACACUCAGUCUCCACCAAAGAUACGCUCAUUGCUCGAGAGGCCUUAUCACUCCUAGUGACAUGUUUACAGCUCCGGUGCCAGCAACUAGGUUCUUUUUAUAUUCUUCCUUGUGUGAGUGAUUUUAUCAUUGACAUACUACUUGGAUCCCCCAGUGCUGAGAUAAGAAGGGUUGCCUGGGAUCAGUUAUACACACUGAGCCAAACAGAUACCUCAACAAACCCAGAAAUACAGAAACCUAAUCAGUUCCUUCUGCAUGUCAUAUUGACAACACAACUGCCAUUGUGGUCCCCGACCAGUAUCAUGCGUGGAGUCAACCAAAGGCUUUUGUCCCAGUGUACUGAAUAUUUUGGCUUGAGGUGCCAACUGUUGGAUGACUUAACAUCUUCAGAGAUGGAGCAACUUCAAAUUAGCCCUGCGGCCAUGUUAGAAGAUGAGGUUAACUGGCUUGACAACUUUGAGCCCACAUGGACUGCAGAAUCAGAGACUAGUGAGUCGGAUAAUGUUCUGCUUGCAGGGCAUCUGCGGCUUAUCAAAACACUACUGUCACUCAGCGGCCCAGAGAAGGAAUUACUUGGACCAUCAUUAAUCAAACAGCUCAUGGAAGACUUCUUGUUCCGUGCUUCAAAAAUCAUCUUGACCAGCAGCAGUCCAGCUGGGAGUUGCUCAGUUAGUCAACAGGAUUUUCAUCCAAAGUGCAGUACAGUCAAUAGUCGACUUGCUGCUUACGAGGUGCUGGUUAUGUUAGCAGACAGCUCUUUGAGUAACCUUCAGCUUAUCUCCAAUGAACUUCUAUCAAUGCAUCAUCAAUUUGACCCUGCACUCACAAAGGAGUUUGAGUACUUGCCACCUGUUGAUAGCCGCUCUGUCUCUGGAUUUGUGGGAUUGAAGAAUGGAGGAGCCACAUGCUACAUGAAUGCAGUAUUUCAACAACUUUACAUGCAGCCUGGAUUACCGGAGGCAAUGCUAUCAGUGGAUGAUGACGAUGAUGAGAAUCCAGAAGAGAAUGUUUUCUAUCAGGUUCAGUCCCUCUUUGGGCAUUUGAUGGAAAGCAAAUUACAAUAUUAUGUCCCAGAGACUUUCUGGAAGAUUUUUAAACUCUGGAAUAAGGAGCUGUAUGUACGUGAACAACAAGAUGCAUAUGAGUUUUUUACCAGUCUAAUAGACCAGUUGGAUGAGCACCUUAAGAAACUUGGACGUGAACAGUUUUUCAAGAACACUUUCCAGGGCGUCUUCUCUGAUCAGAAAAUCUGCAAAGAUUGUCCUCACAGAUAUGAGCGUGAGGAAGCAUUCAUGGCACUGAACCUAGGAGUGACGUCCUGCCAAAGCCUUGAGAUAUCACUGGAUCAGUUCGUGAGAGGCGAGGUCCUUGAAGGAGGCAAUGCGUACUACUGUGAGAAGUGUAAAGAAAAGAGAACAACAGUGAAGCGAAUGUGCAUUAAGUCUCUACCUAAUAUGUUAGUCAUCCAUUUAAUGAGGUUUGGGUUCGAUUGGGAAAGUGGGCGCUCUAUCAAAUAUGAUGAACAAAUACGGUUCCCUUGGCUUUUAAACAUGGAACCAUAUACUGUGUCUGGAAUGGCACGACAAGAGCAUUCGUCUGAGCAUGGUGAAAAUGGCAAAGCAGGUGACCACUUAGGUGGAGGCUCUCCUCGAAAGAAAGGUGCUCCAACUGAAAACUAUGAGCUCGUUGGAGUGAUUGUUCAUAGCGGCCAGGCACACGCUGGGCACUAUUACUCAUUCAUUAAAGACAGGAGGACUGGUGCCAAAGGAAAAUGGUACAAGUUCAAUGACACAGUGGUGGAAGAGUUUGACCUAAAUGACGAGACACUGGAGUUUGAAUGUUUUGGUGGAGAAUACAGGCCUAAAGUGUAUGAUCAAUCAAAUCCCUAUCCUGAAGUCCGUCGUCGAUACUGGAAUGCCUACAUGUUGUUUUACCAGCGAACGUUAGACCAAAAUUCCCCUGUUUUACCAAAGAAAAGCCGAGUCAGUGUUGUUCGUCAGGAAGCAGAGGAUCUAUCAUUAUCAGCUCCCUCUUCACCUGAGGUUUCACCUCAGUCGUCACCUCGUCCACAUAGACCAAACAACGACCGCCUUUCCCUGUUAACUAAGCUGGUAAAGAAGGGGGAGAAGAAGGGACUCUUUGUUGAAAAGUUACCAGCCAGAAUUUAUCAGAUGGUACGAGAUGAGAACCUGAAGUUCAUGAAAAACAGAGAUGUUUUCAACAGUGACUACUUCAAUUUCAUGCUUUCCUUGAUUUCACUCAACGCAACUAAACUGAAACACCCUAUGUACCAGACCAUGGCGAAAGUCAGCAUGAAACUAGCUAUCCAAUUCCUCUUCCAGACUUAUUUGCGAACUAAGAAAAAGCUCAGGAUGGACACUGGAGAAUGGAUUACCCUCAUCGAAAGGUUGCUUUCAAAUAGUUGCGAGGCAUGCCAGUGGCUGAUUGAAUUUUUGAUUGGAUCUGAGGGACGAGAAUUAAUAAAGAUUUUUCUUCUGGAGUGUUCUGUCCGGGAGGUUCGAGUAACUGUUGCUACCAUCCUAGAAAAAGCCCUGGAGAGUGCCUUGCUUUAUCAGGAAAAGCUCAGAGGAUUGGACCAGUUGUUGGAUGUGCUGCUUUCUUUGCUUGACAAGGAUGUUGCUGAGAAUUGUAAAAAUUGCUCCCAGUACUUCCUCCUCUUCAACAACUUUGUACAGAAGGGUUUCAAGGCAUGCCAGCUACUAUUCAAACACUCUGCAUUCAAACACAUGCUUUGUUUUCUUUUGGGCCCAUCAAGGCAGAACAAUCAAAAUCGGCGCUGGAGCUCAGCACAGGCCAGAGAAUUCUGGUAUCUCCAUAUCACUUUGGCAUCACUAGUCCUACACACUGACAUUUCAUCUCUGAUGACUAUUGAUCCUGGACCAUAUAAAUGGCAUAUGCCAACCCCACAGGUACCUUUGCAUCAAGAUGUGGAAACGCUGUUCAGACCUGAAGGACAGGUUUACCUGCUUGAGGUUAUGUAUGCUAUGCGAGAGCUGACCGGAUCUUUGUCAGUCAUCUCUGAUAUGGUGACUUACUGCUGUUUCUGCAAUGAACAGUUCUCCUUGGUGCAAGUCCUACAGAUAAUUAAGAGUCAGUUGGAGACCGCUCCACCUCAUGAACUGAAGAACAUUUUCCAGUUACUGCAUGAAAUUCUGGUCAUUGAAGAUCCAUUGCAAUCUCGUCGCCUGAAGUUUGCCUUUGAAUCAGAAAAAGGACUGCUAGCCCUGAUGCAUCAGAGUAACAAUGUUGACAGCAGCCGCUGCUACCAGUGCAUCAAAUUCUUAGUCCUGUUAGCUCAGAAAUGUGCAGCUGCUAAGGAUUAUUUUCGGGAACAUCCUCACCACUGGAGUUGGGCUGUGCAGUGGUUACAAAAGAAGAUGUCUGAACAUUACUGGGCUCCACAGAGCAACAUAUCAAAUGAAACUUCAACAGCAAAGACAUUUCAGCGCACAAUUUCAGCACAGGAUACGUUAGCCUAUGCUACAGCCCUUCUGAAUGAGAAGGAGCAAUCUGGGAGUAGUAAUGGAUCAGAUGGCAGCCCUGCUACAGAGAAUGGAGAUAGAACUCUCCGGCAGGGCUCUGAGUCUCCCAUGAUGCUUGGUGAUUCUAAAAGUGACCUUGAUGAAAUGGACCCAUAAGAGAUGACUGGAACAUCUAUGGGAAUAGUCAAUAAUCUUUGCUUGGUGUCAGUUCAGUGAAGAACUGGGCACCAUGCCAGAUGGCUUUAGGCAACAGUCAAUUUAGGGAAGAUGUACGUACAUCCAGGUUGCAGACAGCAAGCCUUUGAUAGCUGUUAUGGAGCCAAUUUUGCUGCCAGUUCAAGCUCAAGACGAUGCAAGUCUCUCCCUGUUCUUUGAAGAUUUUGUAUGGAAAAGGAUAACUCGUGGUUGUGCUUGUGAAUGUACAAAAAACAAAUUUUAUCUAAUGCUUUCAGUAGUAACUACGGAGGAUUUGAUUUAAGGUUUUAGUACAGUCUUGAGGAGAGGAGAGCUUGUUGAUUUGUGUAUAAUAGUUCCCAGAGUUCAGAUUUUUCAGAGUAACAAAAUACUCUGUUAUUACGUUAUAUAGAUUUAAUUUUAUUUGUAUAAUAGAACACCCAGUAAGUCUGUUCACUUGGUUGCAGCAAUUGUGUCUUGGAAUAUUUAGCUGGUCCCACUGUUGUGCAAAGAGGAGUUUAGGUUUACAAGAAUGUACUGACAGUGCAUACUGACAGUUCAGCAGCAGUCUGAUACUUUAUUAAAUAUUAAAUGAAUACUUUAAUAAAGGCAACUUUUUUCUUUUAGAAUCCAUAUGACUGGCAGCCAUUUUCCAAUGAGGUUAAUGUUGUGAAUGUAUAUUUUGUGUGAGGAACUUAAAGUCCAACCUUUGGUCAUUUCCUACAGACAGAUUGAAUUUUAGUUGGUGAUAUUUCACUAUCCAAACUGAUGUUAUAAAAUUGCAAAAACUAGUCUGAUCACUUCAAAAAUAUGUAUCUGUUUUUGGUUUUUAAUGAGCUAUAAUUUGUUUUUGAAUCACUCUUCACUCCUGUGUAACAUCACUAGCGUACGUAAUGGGCAAGUGUGUAAUAUUUAUUUAGCUGAGAUUUACCUACCCGAAUUGAUUAAGUUGUCACUUGUAGCUUCUGAAUUUAUCCUAACAGGCUUGUUUUCAAAAACAAAUGAUUUGGUUGAAGAUACAAGGCAGCACAAAAGUAAAAUAGUUCAUUUUUAAAAAAGACCUUUUUGUUUUUGAGGAUUGACUACCUUGACAAAAUUUAUAUUUAUCCAUCUCCCAUUUGAAAUAAUAUCUCAGCAAAGGAGGUAACUAAUCUAUUUGGAACAAUUCUUGUAAUAUUGCAAAACCAUCCAAUGAAAGCUGUGUAUAAUGACCUAGCUAAGGGUUUCAAACUAGCCUUUGAAAGAUUAUUAGCCUUACCUUGAACAUUCUUAUGGUAAUACUGGUAAGAUGAGCACAUGCUGUGGAGAAUUACUGGCACAGACCCAUGGGUGGCCAUUCUGAAGUGUAAAGCACUGGUACUUCAAGCUUCCCACAAUAUAGCAAAUAUUAUUUAUUGGAAUUAUUUUUGCCUUGACAAGUAUGGUGGAUGCUGAUUUCCAGAAUAUCCCAUGUCAUAUGCGCGGUGACAUCCUAUUAAAGGGUUAUUAAUUGUAGUCUAUUGAUUAAAGCUUUAAGCAAUUGCUAUCAACUAUUAAUAGACAUAUUGCAAUCAGUUACAUCAUUGAUAUUGCAUACUUGUCCAAUACAUAGGUGUCUGUAUGUGAUGGUACAGCAAUAUUGUGGGUGUUAGUUAUGAACUUGGGAGUGGGAGAAAUACAACAGUAUUUCAAUAUAUCAAUACAACAGAUCAUCACUUGUGUGUCUUUGAUAUAAUUAUUUCAGUGGAGAUUUGAUAUAAAUUCACUAAUUAACAAAGCAAAUCAAUUGAAACUUUGUUUGAUAUGGGCUAAUGAUAAACUACAUUGGGGAAUGUUCAAUUUUGUGGGAAGUUAUUGCUUUCUUCCUUGACAUCUAAUUGGUUGUCGAUAACCAUUUAAUCCAAAUAUUUUAAAUCUGUAUUGAUCAUGUAUUGACCCAGAAAGGUUUGACUAAGAGGUUCUCAGCCUUUUUUUUUUCUAACCCAGGGAAGAAUAGUAUUGCUUAAGUUAGUAACCCCAGUGGAGAUAGAGUUAAUGUAUUGGUGGACAAUACCCUGGAUCUGCUGUUUGAAUAAUUCAUAAUCUUUGGUAAAGAGAAAUGCCAAAGUGAAUUAUCGUCUUACUCUUAAAUGUACUCUUAAUUUCCAGUCCCAAUCACUUUGGAACCAGAUAACCAAAUUAAUCCUUAAAACAUGAUAAUCACUUUAAGAAUAAAAGGAUUCAGAAACUAAGAGAGCAGUGCAUUUGUGGUAUUUUGAAAACUUUGAAGUAAUUGUAAUCCACAAAAGCAUCCCGUUAUUAAAAUUUGGAUUAAAUAUGUAGAACAAUCAUACCUUUCCAUCUUUUAAAGUCUAUUCAGAAUUAUUGUCACCUGCAAAUAAAGAGGAUAAUUAUCAAUCUUCCACAAAACCAUUUUAAAUAUAGUACUUUUUUGGUGAUACCCCUAAAACGUUUUUGCACCCCAACAACUACUUUCUGUUAAUCUUGUCACACCUCACAUCAGUUCCACCUAGAAGAGUAAAUUACCACCACCCAGGCUGCAAAUCUACCUUGAAAAGGCAGAUUUUCAAGUUUCUACCUUGAAAAUAUUGCAUGUAAAUUUCUGUGUAAAAGCAACUACAUUUUUUAUUAUGCUAAGACUUCUAAAUAUUGUAAUAUCUGAUUGUUUCAAUCAAAGUAUAGAAGGAGAAAACUGCAUUUGAAAUGCUUCAUUGCUCGACCCUAGGAUGGUGCCGUUCACUAGUAUAGACUCAUUAAUAUGACUUGCCUCCAAACAAAAUUGAAAUUAGGGUUGUGAAUUUAGCUGCUGUACUGGAUCCAGGAAUGAGCAUCAAUCUGGGGUUACUACUUGAGCAUUGUUCUUUUUAUUAUUAGAACAUUUAACUGUACAGUGCUUUAAUCUUUUCACUGGCCUGUGACAAUGUACAAGAGGUCAUGUAGUAUAAUGCUGUUUUCUGAUUGGGUUUUAAAGAUGUUUGUAUAAUGUUUAAAAAUGAACUUUUUUAAGUUGUUUGUUUUGUUAAUGUAUGUUCAAUAGCUGUUUUUAAUCAAAAUGGUCACAUGUUAAAUUUUGGUCUGCUGUUGGCUAACUUCCGCUGUAUUCAAAUUCAUUUAUCAUUAUGACCAGCCUACAAUUAACUUGAAUGCCCAACCAAUGUGAACCAUGAUGUUAAUUGCUAACAAUGAAGAAGGUCGCAGUGUAAACCUAAGAAGAAUUGCAUCAACCUGGAGGCAGCUUAUUCUGACCUACAUUUAGGUUAUGCCGGUGAAAGGGGCAAGAGCACAUUUUUGUUUUUCCAGUGUCAUUGGAACUUUUGGAAAUCUGAAUACUUAUCUGUGCAUUGACUGCAGCAUCACUUCCCAUUGCUGAAUUGUACACUGAUUAUUCAAUCUGCCAAAAUGCUGCCACAGAAUAAUCAGUUAGGAAGACAUAAAGUACCUCCUGGGAAUCACUGGAAAUCAAUGAGAUUGCUUGGGCUGAAUUGUGCAAUUGGAAUGAUUAUGUGCUGAGUGAGAUUCACACAAGUCACAAUUGCUGUCAGCGUCCCAGUCACUUUUUCAGCCUCUACUUUGUGCCAAUUUAUGAUUUUUCUGGGACGUGGAUGCAAGAGAUUUUUAUUUGUCAUUCGGGGUGUUUUUUUUUUGCCAAUAUUUCAAUGAAUAAGCCUUGAUCCUCUGCCUUACUGUACAGUCACAAUAUCCCAAGAGUGACACACUGGGGGCUGAGCUUUUGUCAAAUCAUGGUGUCUGCUCUGGACCAGAAAACCAAAGGCACAGAUGGCCACAAGUGCCUUUUUAUUAUUUUUUUUCUGGAUCUUAAAAUGAAGCCUUGGCACAAUAAAACUACCAGGUAGCGACAGUGGGAUUGGUUAGAUUCUAGCCAUGGCUCCCUUUUUAAACAUCCCAGAAAGCCUCUGUUACAACUGCGCAGUGGCAUUAAUUGGAAAUCUUCAACAUCUGCUUUAAUAAUCCUUAUGCUGAAGGGAAGAAAUAUUGAAAGUUACAUGCUCAUCCAUGCUAACAAAUAAAGAAUAUGUUGCAGUACCUCCUUCUAAUGAGUAAAUUAGUGGCAAUGUGGUAAUUUGAUCAUUUAUCAUUAAAGUGGGCAAAAUGGGUGACAACAAAAAUUAGUUACAAGUUACUCAUGUUCUCAUGUCCACUUGAUUUUAGUUGCUUUAUGCCUAUCAGAUGUGAAAGAUCUUACUUGUGGAAAACAAUUUGUCCAUUUUUUUGGUGUCCAGUAUCAUUAUUAGUUACAUUUAUGGGCCAGAUGCAAAGUUAAGAUUCCUCUGUGGCCCAAACUAUACGCCUUAUUCCAGUCUCAGAAAAGCAGCAGUAUGACCUUUCCAUUUCAAGUCUUUCAGCAAUUCUGCAAGGCAAACUGACUGUCACAAUGAGCCAGCUUUAGAGAUUGUUUUGACUAAAACGUUUGCAACCAACGGGAAGAGAAUAUUUUUUAACCUCCUGCUUUGUAGUUGAAUUUGAAUCCAGUUUACAGAAUUGACCAGUAUGCUAACCUGUUCCACUGCUUAUGGUGUUUUUGGUUGCUGCUCCUUACUUUGGCUUUAGUUUUAUUUUAACCUAACAAGUAGGUUCCAACAGCAUCACUUUUUUUUUAAACACUCCCUUGUAAUUCUGUUUUGCCCCUUUUCAUGUAAUUGUGUCCUGGAACAGAACCAAGUUACCAGACUUCUUAUUAAUCGAGGCAGCUAAACAGAAGUAAGCAAGGGAACCAAAAAUUUUUCCCAUCUCUGGGAGAAGGGAUAUCUGAGUUCUUGCUGCAUUUCCUCUGUUUCAUCUCUGUAUCAAAUCGAAGUCUGAGAAGUUAUGUUUGAGCCAAUGUGCCAAAAUGGACUACAAUUGUAAUAACUUUACAUAAAUGUAAUCUGACUCUAAUAAUUUGACCACUGUAGGUCAAACUCUUUAAAAAGAUUUCCAGCACUGAUCUGACAUUUUUCUCACUCUCGUGCCCUUCCUUACCCCCAAAGAUUAGUUAACAUUUCCACUAACAGAGUCUUGAAUUAGGAGGCAUAGCUCUCUAUAUAAACUGAUGUAUGUUGACCACAUUGUCAAUUUAAAUUUAAUCCAUUUUAAUGUUUUCUUUUCACUUUUAUGAAUUGAUUGACCGAGUGAUCAAUGCAUUUUUUUAAUAUGUAGCCAAAAUAAUUUUGCUAUUACUGCUUGCACUAAACUGAUGUAAAAGUUGAAUACAAUUAACCAGUAAAAAACUAACUUCUUAUUCCCCCACUCACAACCGCCUCCCUUAGUUCCUAACACACACUUUACACUCUUCAAAUGUACACUUGUUCCAGUUCUAAGCAUUUAUUAUUUACAGCUUGGACAUCUCCAAAAGCUCUGCCUACCAUUAGAUGAGCAGGGGAGAGUAGAAUUUUAUCCACUUGUGAGCACUAGCGCUGGAGCCAUUGCCCCUAGGUGAGCCGUUUUGACUGGAGACAGUUUGUAGGUGGAGACGUUAAUGUCUCGUCCAAUUCCUAGCUGAGCUCAAAAAUGGAAUGGAUCAGCAAAACCAAUGUUUAAUUAACAGAUCUUAGAGGAGAUAAACCCAUAUCUAGGCAGUACGCAAAUUACUGUAACAAAUGAAAAAUUUUACCUGUACGACCAUCAAAAACAAAUUACCUAUUUCUGUUGCCACUUCUCUCAAUGGCUGCAGAUGGUUGACUUAUGGGUACAGAAAGGUCAGGAGGAGAGGGUUGGAAUGAGGGUUUUGAUCGUGAAGUGAGGUAACAAGGUCUUUAAUAUAACUCUGCGAAGGUAAAGACUUAGCUGCUUUCAUAAACAAGUUUAAUGCUCCCCUUAUGCAUUACCAACUCCCAUAGAAUUUGGAUUUCUGUUAUAAGCCAGUAUAGCUGUUCUGCAAUUCAUUGAGGAUGACUUGGAGAGAAUUUAAUUGCAGUUAUCUUUAAUCCUUUGAGUACUGGACUUUUAUGCCAAUGUGUACAAAUAAAACUGCUUAGGAAUUUACGCAUCAUGCAUGGACAGUGUUAUAUUUUGUACCCUGACCAGUCACUCAUCUUUUCUCCUCUAUCCCCAUAACUCCACCUUCCAAAGGCCACACAAUUGUAUGCCUUUCUAAUCUGUUUCCAGUAUCAAUGAAUUCACUGUACUCUUUAUGCUCUAGGGUAAUAAAACAAUCUUCUUUCAGACUAACGUUAAUGCUGUCACACUUGUCCUUUCGUUUCAGCAUGUGAAUAUGAUACCAUGUAUGUAAUAUAGAGUAGCACUUGAGAAAUGGAUGGAACCAUUGAGUUUUUCUAAAAUUUUUAAGUAAAAUUGUUGAUCUUAUGUUGAUGUUUUGAAUAUGAUUUAUGGCUAUUUUGGCAUAAACCACUGAUUGCAGUUCUGAUGUCUCUUAACUAAAAGCAAAUGGAUUCCCAAACAGCAGUCACCGUCCUAGCUGUUUGAAGCUAACUUUGACCUUCAUUCAGAAUAGUAACAGGUCAUAGCAAAAUGGAAAUUAAAUAUUAUUUCCAAACAAAUUUCCUUUUUGAGACUAUUAUGAUGGAAAUGGAAACCCUGAUGUUCUUGGUGUGUCAUUGCUGUUUCACUGUUGAAUUUAUCCUUUAUUAUAAUGUGGUUGUCUCCAGGGUGGAUAAAAGAUGGACAAAAUUGAGGCUUUGUAAUAUAUAGAAGGGCUAUGCAAAGUGCAUUGAAGUUUUCAGAUCCUAUGCAGUCUUGAUUAGCAGUACUUAGUGAAUCUGUGAAUUUAUUGGAUGCCUGAUUAUAAUACUCCUUUGAGAAGAUUUCCUCUAGUUUUGAUUUAAUCAUUUAAAAAAAUUUCAAAUUUGUAAAUGUAUUGAGUAACUCCUGACACUAAUGUACUUUUUAAACAUUUGUAACCAUCUGAAUUAUUUGAUUUGUGUGCAAUAAGUAUAUUGUAGUCUCUUGUUAAAGGGGCGAACUGUGUUCCUCCGACAAUUAUGAUUAAGAGGUGCACACUAUCCAGUGCCAUUGGUCUUCCUGGUGCUGUUUGGGAGAAAACAUUAUUUUGUUAAACCCCCCCCC